AUCAUCCCAGUUCAGUCAGCCAGUUGCAUUUCUCUCUCUCGCAUCAGCCCGCAUCUUUCUUCCAUCAAAAUAAUAAUAAUCAAUAAUUAACUAAUUAUUCUCGAGUGUCUAACUGCUGCUGUGAUUUAAUUGUUCACUAAAUAAAUUUCUACCAUUAUGGAGUACGCAUUCCAACUCUCAGAGUUGUUUCCGGAAGAAAUCACCGUCAUAGGGAAUGAUCUUAUUCCGAUCGGAUGUCCCAUGUUGAAUCAACUGGGGCCAAAGAUUGUUCGGGAACGCGUUUCUGAAAUUUUGGAUACGAUGGGUCGUGCCUCUGCAGAAGCACAAUCUCUCCACAGUAUAAUCACGAAUGCAGAGAAGCUAAAAUCCGGAGAGAACAAACUCUACAUGUUUUGUGAUUUCGUCUCGAAUCGUGCCGUCGGACUGUUGAAGAUCGGGAAGAAGAAGCUUUUCCUUUUCGACGACGCCGGAACGCAGCAUGAACUCAACCCGUUUUGCAUUUUGGAUUUUUACAUCCACGAAUCCAGGCAGCGACAGGGCGCAGGAAAGUACCUGUUUGACCACAUGUUGAGAGAGGAGGGCAUCCCGGUCCAGCAUUUCGCGAUUGAUCGGCCAUCCGACAAGUUCGUCUACUUUCUUCGCAAGCAUUACGGAUGCACCAAAGUGCUCCCACAAGUCAAUAAUUUUGUCUUGUUUGAUGGAUUCUUCACUGACCGUGCAGAUUAUCAAGGGAAGAAGAAGCGAUGGGAAGGACUCGAUCAAACCGCCGACAUUCGUCACGUCGCACACCCGAAGGACAAAGCCUCCCGAAUGGAAGACUCCCUCACGUACAACGUCGAACCCUUGAUUCAUCUCCGCAAUGGGGCCCAGCUCCCCCCAAAUUACACGCAACGGCGCCACAUCAACUCGAUCGGAGACAUUCUCCAGCCAAACCAUGGCGGCGUGAAUCAACCCGUGAAUCAUCACCAUCACGGAAAUGGAACCACCGGAAACGGUGCCAACGGAAAUGGACAUCAUCACGUUGAUCAUCACGAUUUUAUACGUCCUUCCUCGACACGUGGCAGUAGCGUUGCCGGUGACCGUUUUGACCUUCAGGUCAUCGAUACCGCGGCGGUGGGAGAUUUGGAAUAUGACCAGUUACGCCGACAACCGCGCCGCAUUUCGCGUCUCACUUCGCUCAACGCGUCCGAUAUUGAGAUUCAUUACCAAUUCAACGUUCAGAACAUGAGGUCCGAACAGUUCCAAAAGUUGAGGACGUCCUCACGAAAUCAUGGCGUUGAUCAGGGGCACGAAGCGUUGUGGUGAAAAUAUUAUGUGAAAAUGCUGCAAUUAAUUAUUAAGACCAUAAAAUUUAAGAAAAUUUAAAUUUUAAAUUAACGAAACCUAAUAAUUUAUUUUGAUUUCAUGUUUGAAUUAAAUGCGACAUUUAACCCCUGAAUUCGAUAAUGUUCUAUUUUUUAUGUGAGAACAAAACCGUAAUUAAUUGCAGUUAGUUAAUUAAUUAAUUACCAAUUACACACCAAUUCGCUGAUUCGUCAUAAAAUGACGUACCGUAAAAUAUAAAUUUUUAUAAAAAAUAUACUGGUUUUCAAGCUAUGCAAAUAUGAAUUCGUGUACAUUGCUAAAAAAUAAUUUAGAAAAGUUUGUUUAAGUAAAAAAAAUAGUACCACUUUAAUAAUAAAAUGUAAGAUUAUUUAAAUCCCAUCAAUGAAUUUUGCGGUGCAUAAGUACUUAUCAAUUCGCAAAACGGAAAUUUAGCUAAGUUUUUACCCUCAAAAUUGAGACUCGUUACCAAUUUAACGUGCAGAACAUGAGGUCCGAACAGAUCCAAAAGUUGAGGACGUCUUCGCGAAAUCAUGGCGUUGAUCAGGGGCACGAAGCGUUGUGGUGAAUAUGAAAAUUUCCCAAAAUAAUAUUUAAUAAUGCUGCUACAAUUAAUUAUAAAAACCAUAAAAUUUAAGGAAAUUUAAAAGUAAAACAUAAUAAUUUUAAGUUAUUUAGAUUUCAUGUUUGAAUUAAAUGCGACCCUUAAUCCUUGAAUUUGAUGAAGUUUGUCGCGCUAGCGUUUGAUUUUUAUGCAAAAAGGACGCCAAUUACACGCCAAUUCGAUUUAAAAAAAUUCGCUGAUUAUGAUCGAUAACUAGGACGUCUUCGCGAAAUCAUGGCGCUGAAGGGACAUGAAGCGUUGUGGUGAAGGUGAAAAUAUUACGAUGAAAAUUUCCAAAAAUACUAUUUCAUAAUGCUGCAAUUAAAUAUAAAUCAUAAUUAAAUUACCAUAAAAU